GGUUCCGCCCCUCCCCAACAGAUUUCCGGCAGCCUUUGAAUUGGGUUGCCGGGAAUAGUAGUCUUCCGGUCCAAGUCUACACGUGAUGUGGCGCAUUACCAGAACUACGCUUCCCAGGGAGCCUUGCGGCAGAGGGAGAAUGGGUCACCUGACCCGGAUUUCGGCGAUGCAAUGGCGGCGCCCGUGCUGCGCUUGGGUUUCCCUGGAAGACGCUGGGCUUUAGCGUGGUUUGACGGCGGUUCCCGCCACCGAAGUGGCUCUCGGACUGGGCCCACAUCCAACUGGGCUAGGAGACAGAGUUCAGUGGCUCAGCCUUCCCUCCACACGGCUCAGAAGCCGAGGAAAGGCGAACACAAAUGGGCGGCUGUAGUAGGAUUGGAAAUUCAUGCGCAGAUUUCCUCCAACUCUAAACUCUUCUCUGGAGCUCAAGUAUGUUUUGCAGCACCUCCAAAUUCUUUGGUUUCUUAUUUUGAUGCAUCUCUGCCUGGAACUUUACCGGUUCUCAACAGGCGGUGUGUGGAAGCCGCAGUGAUGACUGGCCUGGCCCUGAACUGCCGCAUAAACAAGAAGUCCUUGUUUGACAGGAAGCACUACUUCUACGCAGACCUUCCCGCUGGCUACCAGAUCACCCAGCAGAGGCUCCCGAUUGCUGCCAGUGGACUCUUGACCUACAGUAUCCUUCUAGGGAAGAAACACAGUCAGGUGACCACCAAGACAGUGAGGAUCAAGCAGAUCCAGCUGGAGCAGGACAGUGGCAAAAGCCUCCAUGACGACCUGAGGUCACAGACACUGAUUGAUUUGAACAGAGCCGGAGUUGGCCUUCUUGAAGUGGUCCUGGAGCCUGACCUGUGCUGUGGAGAAGAGGCAGCCCUAGCUGUCAGGGAACUGCAGCUGAUCCUUCAAGCCCUGGGCACCAGCCAAGCCAACAUGGCAGAGGGUCAGCUGAGAGUGGACGCCAAUAUAUCUGUACAUCACCCCGGGGAACCACUGGGUGUCCGGACAGAAGUAAAGAAUCUCAACAGCCUCCGAUUCCUGGCCAGAGCCAUAGACUAUGAAAUUCAGAGGCAAAUCACUGAACUUGAGAAUGGAGGUGAAAUUCUGAAUGAAACUCGUUCAUUUGAUUAUAAGCUGGGGUGCACUGUGCCAAUGAGAGACAAGGAAGGAAAACAAGACUACAGGUUUAUGCCAGAGCCCAACCUGCCUCCCUUAGUGCUCUAUGAUGACACAUCUCUGCCACCAGAUGCAGACUCUCAGCAGGUGAUCAACAUUGACCAACUUCGGAAUAUGCUACCAGAGCUUCCCAGUGCAACCAGAGAAAGGCUUGUCCAGCAGUACGGGAUGCUGCCAGAGCACAGCUUUGCAUUACUGAAUGAAGUUGGCCUACUGGAGUUCUUCCAGAAUGUGAUAAAAGAAACUAGGGCAGAGCCAAAAAAGGUGACUAACUGGGUCCUGAACACUUUUCUGUGCUAUUUAAAGCAACAGAAUCUUGCAGUCAGUGAGAGUCCUGUCACACCCUCUGCACUUGCCGAGCUCCUGGACCUGCUGGACAGGAAAGCAAUUUCUUCAUCAGCAGCUAAGCAGGUGUUUGAGGAGCUGUGGAAGGGGGAGGGGAAGACAGCAGCACAGAUCGUGUCAGAACAGCAGCUGGAGCUGAUGCAGGAUGGAGAGGCCCUGGAAGAGCUCUGUCAGGCCACCAUAGAUGGACACCCCCAAGUGGUGAUGGAUGUGAAGAAAAGAAACCCCAAAGCUAUAAAUAAGCUGAUUGGGUUGGUCCGGAAAGCAAGCCUAAGCAGAGCAGACCCGAUUCUGAUAAAGGAAAUAUUGGAGAGGAAGCUGUCAUUGUGAGACUUGUGGGGUCCCUCUGCUGGAGGGAGGACAGUGUGGCUCUGAGAAGAGGGGCCUGUGAGGGCUGGCAUUCAUGUGCUGUACAAGUUGUGUCUCUUCGACCCUAGCCAAGCUACACCUCCUAGGAGGCAAUACUUUACACGUGUGUGUGUCCUCCAAGCCCCCAUGACCUGAGAGGCAGCCAUCACGGAAGACCAGCAGCCAGAGUGUCAGCCUCACUGUCUGGAAAUAGCCCCAUGAUGGUGGCAGCAGUGACCAAAGAAAUCAUAAUUCUAAACAGAAUAAAGUUUGUGUAAACUUUAAAUUUAAAGUCAGGUGCCAAGGAUGCUUCCUAGAGCCAAGCAGUGCUCCCCAUCCUAAAGCCCAACAGACUAAGAGCAUGGCAGCAUGAGUGCAGUGUGUUCAGACCUCCGCACGGGCUAGUGAAGAUGCACACAAAAGAACCGAACGUGGUAUUCAGGCAGGGGAGGGCAGGAGGAUGCUGGCACCCAUUGCCUGUUGAAUGCAGACACUACGGCCUGCUCAGCUCCCAGUGAAUUAAGGUGACACACAAGUUCUCAGAUAAAUUUAAUGAAUAAAAUAUAUACUGAAAUAGCACUUAAAAAUUAACUUCCACUUAAGAGAUUGUAUAGUUUACACCCCUCCCACAAACAAUGCUUAGGCAAAAAAAAAAAAAAAAAAAAAAAAAAAAAAGAAGAAGAAGAGAAAAGCUGAAGCAUCAAGUUGUUUUACCUGGGAAGAAUAAGAUUCUACUCUAAUAAAUCAGAAUGUUGACCUUUAACUGUCUGUGGGCCAGCUGCCUCCAUCCUCAGCUCUGAGAUGGUAUGUCCCCCUUGUUCCUAAGAUGUCUGGUACCUCACACCAACCACACUCUUUCUAAUGACUAGUUUUGAAAAUGUUUUUUUAGAAGUGUUUGUCAAACUGACAGAGAUGGGGAACUCUUGGAGGCCCUCAUCUUAGACUAGAUUCUCAGGCCUGGUAAGAACAUUGCCGGGCACUAUCAUUCCAGGGCAACUGAAGAAUGGGAGGAAAGUGGACACAGCCAUCACCAGAAGAUGGCCCCCAGCAUUGCUAAGUAGGAGCGAAGGAAAGCAACCUCGCCCAGCCAAAAGCUGAGCCCUGAGUGGACAUCAGUUCUGUGGUCUGUUUCAGACAAGGAGGAGGAGGUAACUUUAGAAUGCUCCCUCACUCAGGAAGCCAGGGACACAUGUGCUACCCUGAUGAAACUGCUAUUCAGGCGUCCCACUAGCCUUCCUACAAGAGAGAAGGGAGACCUGAACUCCAGUGACCAGAGGUGCUCAGAUCUUAAUCUGACAAGACCUUUAUCUCAAAGAACAGGAAGGUUCCAUUUUAUAACCUCCAUUUUUACUAAAAAAUGGUUCAUCUGGCUUGGCCAUCAAGCCUUGCAGAAAGCACUUACAAAGCUAACAUCUUGGGCUCAUCCCAAUGGGUGGUGCAGCUCAGUGGAAGCAGUUUCCAAAACCUAUUUUACCAAUUGGAAAACAUUUGGACUGAGUGUUCCCAGAGGAGAUGCCAUCAGCACGCAGUCUUUCCAAGGCUCCUCCCAGCGAGCUCUGACAAUCUUGAAACCCUAAGGCAGGUUUUGAGCUCAUAACCACAGCUACUAGGGAAAUAGCCAAACCCAUGAACUGCAUGACUAGAUACAUUUGAAAGAUGUGUUUAUAUAACAUUUUAAAAGUCUGGCUCUGCUGGUGCCUGGGUGCAGUGCAAGAGGACUUUCCACUUCUGCCUGAGCACGGAUGUGCUCUGGUUGGUCUGCUAGGGUGAGUCUCAUUAGAAUGUAUGAGUGGCACCAUAGCUGAAGCCACUGCCAUCUGUCAAUAGAAUCUACACACCUGUAGCCGGGUAGGGGACUUGGAAGCCAUGGCUGGUAGCAAAAAGUGCUUCAAACUGUUGCUUUCUCAGUCCCCCAGAGCCAGCUCUACCUGCUCAGGACCAAACCAUGUACACUGAUGCUUCAUGGCAGGUUGAGCUUCCUUGUGGAAGCUAACAUGGAGCCUAAGUUAAUCUAACCCAAGGAGCAAAGAAGGGCUGCUAAUUACCAAGAUUUUAAAUUCUGGGUCAUCUCCAUGGACCUGCUAGGUUCAUUCCUGAGUGGAACUUUUGUUCAUUUCUCUCAAGGCACAGAUAGAAAACCUAUCAGUAUUCUACAAGCUGAGUUCCACACCACCACCCCCCUUAACAUAAUUAUUGGGUAAUCUGGAAACAUACCAUGAAAGGUUUGCACCUCUUUAAGUUGGCCAUUUCAGGAUUAUAGCCUACGGCUUGGCCUACAAUUUAUAUUGUAUCUUUCAAUUAGAUCGGAUUUAGUUAUCAUUUCAAGGACUCUAAAGAGGAAGGAAGGAAAAGCACUCCACCUAGAAGGCCAUGUAAUUUGCCCAUUGCUAGAAGGAGUGUGGCUGUGGCCACAGUGCUGCUUCGGCAGGUUCUAGACAAAUACACCUGGGAACUGCCUUGCAACAUCGAUGGCCCGUGGGCAGAGAGGUAGAAGGCAUGUGUUCGAGUGCUCUUUCACUGGCUCCCCAGGUCAUGGCUAGGCAGAAGCCUUGUAAGCAAGAUGAUCAGCACCAAAUCCCUUCUGUAAAGUGUCUGCAGGGACAAAAGAGGUCUGGCUUUUGGUGGGCCUUGUCCCAGUAAAGUGUCACUUGAUAUACUAAGGAGGACAGACUUGUGCAGCCUCAGCUCAGUGAGAUUUAUAAUCUGGUCUUAGUAUUUCCGUCGUCUGUUCAGGUUCUGAAGUAACACACUCAUUUAAACUCCAUAAGAGAGCCCAGAAAUGAACACCAAGUACACAGGGACAGAAUCCUGUGGUCAGGUUUGUGUGGGCAGCAGCGACCUGGGUUAACUCACACCUUCAAAGACACGAACCAAGAACACGACUUCCUAGCUGAUGGUUCUGAGAGCAAUAAUCCACAGAAACCUACCUACUGUGCCUUCCUCUCCCUCCCCCUUCACCCCCCAUCCUUGUCCCUAAAGAGCCUCACAGGAAAUCUCCUGUAAAAGCCCUGUUUAUCCAGUUAAUGAGCUGCCGAGAUAAUCUGUCCUCCAAAACAAAUGCUGGACUAACUAAUAGAUGGAGAAGGGAUUUGCUGAGGCAGAUGGUCCCAGAAGCCAUUCUGAGCCCUCCAAGAGCCUUUUGUGAGGCAUUAAGUUUAUGAUGGUCAUCCUAAAAGAAGAAAAAAAAAACCCAACUCUGUUCUCUUAAAAUGUCUCCUCGACAGACUUAAGAGUGGUCUACUCACUCUUGUUCUAAGCCCAGACAUUAUGGGGAAUUAGUGUUAUAAUAUGCACAGACUGGUGGCUGACUCGGAAAGGGGCUAAGCUAUCUCCCUAAUGGUUUAAAGCUGUGUGGCCUCCGCAGCCUGAGGAGCCGCUGCCUCAGGAAAAGCUAACUGCAGAGAUGACUUGAGGGUUGCAGCAAACUGUACAUUUGGCUGUCUCGCGCCAGUGACUUGAAGUGGCAUGUGCAAUAAUAGCUGUCCUGCAAGAAAGCAUUUCAUAAAGAUG